AUGGGCCCACCUAGAAUGGUGCAAGGAGAGCCCAGCUUUCCCCGAAGAAGCUCUGAUGGUUGUGGGGAGGACGAAACCUGUUGGGCCCCUGAAGUAUCUGUGGACUUGCCGCCGGCUGAAGAUGGCCCUUUCAUGGAAGCUGAUGAGCGCUACCAACUUGCUGAGCCGGAUCCUGGUGAUGAAGAUGUUGGCGAAGAUGAAGGGCCUCAAGAGUUUCAACAAGAAGGAUGGAUCCAAUUCAGGAUAUUUGAAGGUGUUGAUUCUCCAUCAAAAUUCAUUAAGAAGCGCCGAAGUCUUGUACUGUCAGGAUCGAGUUAG